AUGGAGUCACCGCUUACGGUCGGAGCUAUGAGCAACAAGCAAAAUGGCCUAUCAUGGCUCACAAACUCUGGCAUUAUGAAGCUGAAUCUCAUGCUUGUGAUUUUCCAAAUAUCGAGCUAUGCCACCGGAUAUGAUGGUUCUAUGAUGAACGGAUUGCAGUCCCUCACCACCUGGAGAGCCUCUUUCGACAAUCCAGGAGCUUCUGAGCUUGGCCUAUUGAAUGCCAUACAAAACGUUGGCCAACUUAUUACAAUGCCAAUUUGCGCCGUCAGCUGCGACAAGUUUGGACGUCGCCCCGUCCUCUUCGCGGGCGCCUUUAUUCUAUUGGUCGGUGUGGCCUUGCAAGCUGCAGCACAGAAUGUCGGAAUGUUUAUCGCAGCUCGAGGCAUCAUUGGAAUGGGCCUUGUUCUCAACAUCACAGCUGCGCCAUUACUUCUGUUGGAGUUGGCCUUCCCCCAGCAGCAGGGGCCACAAGUAGCCAUCUACAACAGUCUGUGGAAUCUAGGCGCUCUAGUCGCUGCAUGGGUCACAUACGGCACAUUCCGAAUUGAAAGCACAUGGGCAUGGCGCGUCCCGUCAGUCCUCCAAGGGUUGUCGAGUGUCAUUCAAAUUGGCCUCUGCUUUCUAGUUGAAGAAUCGCCCCGAUGGCUCAUUAGCAAGGACCGCGACGAGGAAGCUCGAAAACUAAUAUGUAAAUACCACGCAAAUGGCGAUGAUUCGAACCCCCUUGUCAUAUUGGAAAUGGGAGAAAUCCGAACAGCCCUUCAACUCGAGACCGAGGCCAGGCGCAAUACAUCAUACCUCACUUUCUUUCAGAGUAAAGCCAACAUCAGACGAUUUUUCAUUAUCCUCUCGGUGGGUUUCUUCUCGCAAUGGAGCGGCAACGGCCUCAUUUCCUAUUAUCUCACGCUCAUCCUCGACUCGAUCGGCUAUAAAGCGGAGAGUACUCAAACGCUUAUCAAUGCACUCCUUACCCUUUGGUCCAUGAUUUGGAGUCUCCUUUUUGCUUCCCUGAUGAAUCGAUUCGGUCGACGCACCCUCUUUCUUAUCUCCACCGGCGGUAUCCUGGCCGUUUACAUUGUCUGGACGGCCCUCGAGGCUACCUAUGAGAAGAAAACAGCUUUGAAUGGGGAUGGUGGUGAUGGAUAUGCAAAAGGCGUCCUAGCGAUGAUCUUUCUGUACAACUUCUUCUUCUCCAUUGGCUGGACCCCACUGCAAGUGACCUAUUGUAUCGAAAUUCUGCCUUUCGAUUUGCGCGCCCGAGGUCUUGUUCUGUACAACCUUUUUGUCGCGCUCGCUGGUAUCUUCAACCAGUAUGUGAACCCUAUCGGUGUUACAAAUAGUACGUGGAAGUUCUACAUUACGUACGAUGUCUGGUUGGCCUUUGAACUUGUGGUGGUGUACUUCCUCUUUAUCGAGACCGGGAACUUGAGUCUUGAGGAAACUGCCGUAAUUCUUGACGGGAAGGAAUAUGGGAACAAGUUCAUCGAAUUGACCGAAUCAAUCAGCGAGAAAAAGCUUGCCAUGCAAGGGAAGGUCACGAGCGCAGCGGUGCCGGAAUUAUUAUAG